AAGAGGGGAAAAUAACCUAUUUAGGGUUUCUUUCCUUGAUUGGAGUUCUAUCUUCAGGUAAUCUUUCCCGUUUCUUCUGGAAAUCUAAUUGAUGUUGUCCGCGAUAUCCGGAGGAGCCAAUCGAUUUCCCCUUUAUGUCUCAUUCUUUUCUUUGUUUUUGGGAGAAAUUUUGUUCGAUAUUUCUGGAUAUUUAUAAUUAUUUGGAUGCUAGGGUUGGAAUUUUUCAAAUUGUCUCGUUUGCUUUGGGUGUCGAAAGAUUAGAUUUUUUUUUUGUCCCCCGCUCUAUAUUUGCGUCCUCUCACCCCCCCUUGUAUUGAUUCUUGAAUUUACAUUUGCCUGAUAUGAUAAUAUGAUGUUUCUACUGAUUUUAUAUUCUGCGGAAUUGUUGGAGAUGAUCGACUCGAAAUUUCGGAGAAAUUGGAUGUAUUUUGAUCCAUGUUGUAUCCAAAAUGAGAUUUUUGGGGCUUGCAUUUUAACGAACAAAAAGGGAUUUGUUCAUGUAUAACUAACUAGAAACUGUUCAGAUUACAUCUUUUGCGUAAUUGAUUUAUGUGUGUUUAUUAUUUAUGAUGGCCGUGCCGUCUUAUCACCUUUCCUUGAGAAACAUUUUGAAAUACUGAUUUAAAACUUUUGUCAUUGUAAACGUUAAUGUUUUCAUAUGGCUACCAGAUUUGAUGCUUGUAUUACUGAGUCCAAGUGUUGAACAAUAUCUCAGUAUUCAAAAGCAAGGAUAAGAUUGAAGGGUCGGCAUAAAACUUGAAUCCCUCUCAUCUCCUUUGCUCCUCCGAUGGGAUCAUUUUUGAGCUUUCCAGUUAGCAAGACUCAGGAUGGGGAGCUUUCUGAGUUAUCUCAAAAUGAUGCCUGCAAGAGGCAGAGAAUGUUAUCGAGUUACUAUGAUGAGAACCCGAGACUGAUCCCCGCACUCCCAGAUGAGAUUUCACUGCAGAUCCUGGCAAGAUUGCCUAGAAUUUUCUACUUGAACAUGAAGCGGGUUUGCCGGAGUUGGAAGGCUGCUAUCACCAGCCAUGAAGUUUAUCAUCUGAGAAGAGAACUUGGGAUGACUGAAGAAUGGUUGUACAUACUGACGAAAGUUGAAGAGAAUAAGCUUUUGUGGCAUGCCUUGGACCCUGUGUCGAGAAAAUGGCAGAGGUUGCCACCCAUGCCUUAUGUUCUUAAUGAGGGAGAACCUAAGAGGGUGUUUUCUGGGUUGCGGAUAUGGAAUGUGGUCGGUUCCAGUAUCAAGAUUGCUGAUUUUAUAAGAGGUUUACUCUGGCGGAGGGAUGCCUCGGAUCAUACGCCUUUUUGUGGUUGUGCUGUUGCAGCUGUUGAUGGCUGCCUCUAUGUGUUAGGGGGUUUUUCUGGAGCUUCAAUGAUGAAGUCUGUUUGGAAAUAUGACCCUUGCAUCAACUCGUGGCAGGAAGUGAGUUCCAUGACCAUUGGUAGGGCCUUUUGCAAGACAGCUCUGUUAAAUGAUAAAUUAUAUGUUGUGGGUGGCAUAAAUAGGGGGAGAAAUGGCGUAACUCCUCUACGAUCCGCUGAAGUAUUUGAUCCCCAAACUGGUAUGUGGACACAGUUGCCGAGCAUGCCUUUUUCGAAAGCCCAAAUGAUACCUACUGCUUUCUUAGCUGAUAUACUGAAGCCUAUUGCCACUGGGAUGGCUUCAUAUAGGGGUAGGUUAUGUGUUCCUCAGAGUUUAUACUCAUGGCCAUUCUUUUUUGAUGUUGGAGGUGAGAUCUAUGAUCCAGAGAAUGAUUCAUGGGUGGAAAUGCCAACUGGUAUGGGAGAUGGUUGGCCUGCAAGGCAGGCAGGGACAAAGUUGAGUGUAGUAGUUAAUGGGGAGCUAUAUGCCUUGGAUCCUUCUAGUUCUUUGGAUAGUGGUGAUAUAAAGAGAUAUGACCACCAGGAGGAUGUGUGGAAAGUUGUCAUACAAAGGGUCCCUAUUCAUGAUUUCACUGAUUCUGAGUCCCCAUACUUGCUUGCUGGUUUUCUUGGGAAGCUCCAUGUUGUUACAAAAGAUGAUGAGAACCGUGUUGCAAUAUUGCAGGCUGAUUUGCAGAAACAUAAGCAAUCUUCCCCUUCCACUUCAUCAGCUCCUCCAGCCAACUUCAGACCUGAGAAUCCUGUUUCCAUAGUGGAUAGAGAAACAGACAUCUGGAAGAUAGCUACGGUCGGCAGACACAAAGAUGACGUUUUGUGAAGAGACCAUCCUCCAGCUGGCACAAGUUCAAAUGGAUCAACUAAACAGCCGUAUAAGCAAGCGGAAAGUCUGGGACAAUUAUUUUGUCCAAAUGGCAUGAUUUGAGACUCUUGUAUUUAUAGGAUAGAGUUGGUUUUGCGCUCAUACAUGAUCAUGCUGAAUUCACUUGGUUUUCAGAUGUUCAUUAUCUUUCAAAAUCUGCUCAUGCAUUUAAUAUGCUAGAAUUUUUAUACAUAUUUGAUAGAUCUGUUUGCCUAUCCAAGCACUUUUCCUACUUGUUUGCCUCAGUAAUUGUUAAUAUUUAAUCUUUUCCUCCCCCUGCUGUUAUGCUGAUUGUGGUAAUUUUGUGGCUUAGUCUUGCUUUCAUAUUUUCGCUUGUUGUUGAGAAAUCUUUGGCUUUCUUCACCCGCUGAUCAUAAAGGUUUGGAUUGUGGGACUGUUAAAGAUGUUUGAUAGUCUAUUUUCCUCUGAAAAUUUUGAAGACCCUUGCCAUGUUCAAACACGGCGUCCAACUAUUUAAAUGUUUUCCAUGAUCGGAUUCUGCAUGUUUACAGUGCUUGCCUGUUGACAAAUUCUAACAUAGUCCAAUCAGUUAAAUACAAGUAGUUAUAACUUUUUAAAAAUGUCAGUACUUUCUAAAAAUGUCCCUUUUGUUUCUGUUUAUUCCCCUUAGGGUGGAGAAUGAGAUGGUGGUUCAGUUAUUAUGAGCUGACAUUUAAACAAUCACUUUUCAUAUUAUAUGGUAGAUGCGGUAUCUUAGAUUUUUAGCUUUCGUUAUCUAAAAUUCCAAGAAUUAUAAGAAAUGACUUGGAGGUGAUAGGCAUAUUAGAAGCCUAUCAGAACUUCUAAUAUUUGGUUUUAUGCAUGGGGAAGGUAUGACGAUUGGAAAAAGGGUUCUUGUACUUUUUAGAACUAGAAGAUAGACUCCAGAGAACUUGAAAUGAUGCAUAUUGUUGAUCUCCACAUGGAUCUGAACCUUCAUGAUUCAAUGAGCUAUUUAUAAACCUCUACGUAGAGUGAAGUAACAAAACAUUUGAUUAUCCAAUGAAGUAAACGGCUAGACAAUUUUUUUGGACAUCUGACAGCAGCAAAAUAGUUUGAUUAAAAUAUGCACAUGGUUAAUUUUAUAAGGGAUGCAGAAAUUUGGAUGCCAAAUAAAAAAGGCUGCACUGGGCAAAAUGGAGAAUCAGAUGGUGCUAAAGUAAAUGCAAUAUCUUUAUUAGAAUCUUUUGCCAUUAGUGAGAGUUGUAUCUUGUUUGAAUGAGUAGGAAUAAAAUAUCCUAGUAUCACCUUUAAAUCACAGCCUGCAAUCUCAAUAGUUAUUUUAUUUUUUCCUGUUUCAGGAGAUGGAGUAGUGGGUGCUGUGCUUCAGUGAACUGUUUUUAGAUGAAUCUUAGGCCAUGAAGGCCUAUUUGAACAAUCCAGUAGGAUUGGGCUGGAUUUACUGUUGGAUUCAUGGAUCAGGCAGCCUUUUCGGGCAUGGCCCAUAUCAAUCCAAAACCCUUCUAGCUCGUGUCUCGUUGGAGGGAGAACAAAAGGACCUUCAUAGAUCUUUUUUACUUCCUACAGACCAAUAGACCCACGGACUGGUGAGUUGGGCUGGGCAUGCCUUUAGCAAACUGUGGCUGGCUGGCCAACAGACCCGAAUCCUGCAGGAAUACCAAAACAGUCCUGCAGUAGUAUUUAGUCGAAGGAUCACCUUGUCGCUUGUUGAAGUCUUCACACUUCAGUUUGUGUCUGUCCUAAUUUUUUUAGUGCCUGUUAUGUAUUGCUGAGUUGUUGCUGCAGUUAAUUGAUAACAUGGAUACUCGUUCUCCUUAUAUACAUUUAUGUGCAACCCAGGGCUGCAUCAGAGAGCUUCUGGUAAGAAUGUUUCAGAGAGGGGGAAAGAUCAAAGAUUAUUCAAAUAUGAUUUCCUUGGGGCAUUUAGGGACAACCGGUAGAUGUUGACCUGUUGAAUAUUCAUAUGCUGGAUCAUGGUAAAACAUAGUGGAAUAUAGUUCAUUUUCUAGCUCUUUAUUUGGUUCGGUACUACCUGAUUUCUUUUUAAGUUUUGAUUCUGGGGCAUCCUACCAGUCAUCCAGCCUAUUGACUCUUGUAGCCAUUUUUGAGUACUUGUGAAUUUGUAAGGUGAGGAAUCAUCCCAAGUGGGAGGCUGAAGAUAAUAAGUGUACUUUUUGAUGAGUGUGUGGUGUUUCAUGGAAUCGAUGGCUUGACAGCUUUGAUAUACAAAA